AUGACUUUGGUUAUCCGAUGUGUGGAUGUCUCUACAAUGUCAACUAAGAUUGAAGAGUUCUUUUUGACAUUUUUGAUUGUCAAGGAUAAAUCUGGAGAAGGACUGUUUUCUUCUCUACAAGAUGCAUUACUUGAACUAGAGUUAGACAUUGAUGAUGUGAGAGGGCAAGGAUAUGAUAAUGGAGCUAAUAUGAAAGGAAAGAAUAAAGGAGUUCAAAAGAGGUUGCUAGAAGUUAAUCCAAGAGCCUUCUUCACGCCAUGUGGGUGUCACAGUCUUAAUCUUGUGCUAUGUGAUAUAGCAUCUUCUUCUCCAAAAGCUGUGUCUUUCUUUGGAAUUGUUCAAAGAAUAUAUUGCUUGUUUGCCUCUUCAACAAAUAGGUGGGAUAUAUUGACAGAGGUGGUUGGAGGACUAACCCUUAAAGCUUUAUCUCAGACACGUUGGGAAAGUCAUGUUGAAAGUGUCAAAGCGAUACGGUUUCAAGCCCCGGAAGUAAGAGAAGCUUUACUUACCUUGGCUGAAAGUACUGACGACCCGGGAACAAGAAGCGAUGCUGAAUCUCUUGCUCUAAGUGAAACACAUGGGAUUGGCGGUUUUGAGUUCUUAUUUGGUAUGGUUAUAUGGUAUGACCUUCUCUCUGUUGUUAAUACAGUAAGCAAGAGUCUACAAUCAGAAAAUAUUGAUAUUGAUGCUGCGAUUCACCAAUUGAAAGGACUUGUGUCAUAUUUUAAGAAAUAUCGAGAGACAGGUUUUGAGGAAGCAAAGUCUAAAGCUAGACAAAUUGCAGCUGAAAUGGAGAUUGAAGCUACAUUUCCUGUGAACACAAAGCGUAUCAUUAGAAGAAAGAAGCACUAUGAUGAGGACAGAGAAGUAGUUAGUGCAAACGUAGUCUUGUCACCGGAGGAGAGAUUCAGAAUUGACUACUUCAACACACUCAUUGAUCAAGCUCUAGUUUCUCUUGAGUCAAGGUUUGAACAAUUCCAAAGGUAUGAACAGACUUUUGGAUUUCUAUUUGACUUAAAGAAACUAAAGUUAUCAACUGAUGAUAUUUUGAGGAAAUCAUGUGUGAACCUAGAGGCUGCUUUAAAGAAUGGUAUGGAUUAUGACAUAGUUGGUGAUGAUUUGUUUCUUGAACUAAAAGUUCUCCGGGAAGUAAUACCAAAGGAAGUUCAAAAACCUAUUGAAGUGCUUGAUUUUUUGAAGAGAAUGCAAGGUUGUUAUCCAAACACAGAAAUUGCUUAUCGCAUCUUGUUGACCAUUCCGGUAUCGGUUGCUACGGCGGAAAGAAGUUUCUCGAAGUUGAAGUUGAUAAAAAAUUAUUUGCGGUCUACCAUGUCACAAGAGAGAUUGAAUGGGUUGGCUUUGCUUUCAAUUGAGACAUCUAUGGUUGAAAAACUCGACUACGUGAGUUUGAUGAAUGAUUUCGCAAACAAAAACGGAAGUAGAGCCAAAUUUCGCGAAUAA